AUGAUGUCACUUCUCCUAACACUGCGCAGGUUUGAAAACAGUCGUAUCACGUUGGAAACGAAAGUUCGGGAGGAAUUUGAAAAAGAAACCAAAUACAAGGACUACCAUCAAAGUUCUUUCUCAGUAAAACAAGUUAAAUCACAUCAGGUAUAGUUCAGUGGAGUGAGUGGAGAGCCCAAACCUGUCAAUCUUGGGGGGGGGGGAGUGGUGGAGGGUGUGUGGCAGGUGGUGGGGAUACAUUAUUUCCAUUUAGUCUAUUACAGUAGUGUAUUUUCAUUUAUUGACAGACUCUGUCCACCCAGGCAUUGGUGCAUAAUGUAUAUGAAUUUGACAAUCCACCCUUUAACCCACUGAGUGGCAGCACCAGUGGCGAAGCCAGCCCGACAAUUUGGUCAUGCUAUGCAAAUAUUUCCAUGUUCAUAGACCGUGAAAACAAUAAAUUUCUAAAGAAAUGAAUAAUGAUAAUCAUUUAAAAUUUGCAUAGCAUGACCAAACUGUCGGGCUGGCUUCGCCACUGGGCAGCACUCUCCCCUUGACGAGUAAGUUAGACAAAAUAAAAAGGGCACAUUCCCACUUAAAGGGUUAACAGAUGCAUGGACAGAUAAUCUGAUCAAUCCAUUGAGUGGUAGCACUCUCCCCUUGAUGAGUAAAAUCGUCUGGCAUUAGACAGAGUAAAAUAGUAAAGUAGGACACAUCAGGGAGCAUUGCCACUUAAGAGUAAAAUAGUAAAGUAGGACACAUCAGGGAGCAUUGCCACUUAAAGGGUUAAUGUGAAAAUUAUCUGGCAUUGGAAGGAUUUGAACAUUAUGUCAUAUCUCUGAAAAAGGAAUGGUCAUUGAACAAGGUGUUAAUUGUUAGUAGUUGCUGAGUAUGAUGUUUUAAUAUUCUUUGUAGAUUCUUGCAAUCAAUCGUGCAGAAGGUGAAAAGAUUCUUCAAGUGAAGUUGAACUGCCCACAAAACCUUGAACGGAUAUUUUUGCACCAAGCUGAAAGACAACAUAUUCUCAUCAGUAACAGAUUGUCUGGUAAGUUUUGAAAAUUAUUUAAAAGUAUUUAUGUAAUAUUAUAGCUUCUCAGCUGAGCUGGUUCAAUUUUCAUGAUACAAUUUGCUAGUUCUCUGCCAAUUAAUGUUGAGCAUAAUUAUAUGGCAGUUUUAUUAAUACUUGUUAAAAAGAGUUUUAGUUUACUAUUUAAGAAUGUAUACAUCACUUUUCAGAAAUAGCCUGCAAAAUUCCAAUUUGAAUGCAAAAUGAACACAGCCAGCAACGCAUUUCCCAAAGCUUUUUAUCAAUGCUUGUUUAUGAGCAGUCCAGCUAGCAUAUUUGCAUUCUUUUACAGGUUUUGUUAGGGGGAUAAUGUCUACAUCACUAAUAGAUGCUUACAACAGGCUGAUGUUGCCCAAGCUGUUCAGACAUAAGAGGUGAGAAUUAUAUAAUACUUUUUGUUUGUGGAAAAACCAUGUGAAUUUAUUACAUGCAGUAAUAAAUUUAUGUGGUGUUUCCACAAACAAAAAGAAUUAUAUGUUUUAUCACCAAUACACCAUGCAAACAUACAAGGAACUUCAGGUAAGAAUUAGUUGGCAAUUAAUUUAUUAGGAGAAAAUUCACCACAACAAUAAAAAUGUAGCAGCCUAUCUUAUUUACUCAUAACCUUUUGCAUGAAUAUAGUAUUUACUCUGUCUAAUGCAGGAUGAUUUUACUCACAGAGAGUCUUGUGCAUUAGUGGCUAAUACACAAUGAUCUCAACAAGCCCAAUGUUUGACAUUCUGUACGAUGCAUGAUAGUGAUAUUAUUUCUAGAAUUGAGCUGACGAAGAAAGCAGAACGUGAAUCAGUUCAGGUGUUUUCCAGAAAUCUACAUCGUCUUCUCCUCACACCUCCUGUGACUGGACGUAACGUGCUAGCCAUUGAUCCUGGCUUUAAACAUGGCAGUAAAAUUGCUGUUAUCAAUGAGACUGGUAGGAUAAAAAGUUUCGAUCUUUUUUAUUACACCUUUUAUUAUUUUAUUACAUUUUAAUAGUUUAAUGCCAUUCAUAAUCCAGCCACAAUGCAGCAGGGAUGGAUCCAGCAUGAUCUGGUAGGGGGUGGGGUGUUCUGGUGCCAAGUUGUGUCGGUCAUGUGUGCCGCCCAGCCAUCAACAUACUCAGUGGCGUAGCCAACUCAGUGGCAUAGCCAGUAAUUUCUUUAGAAAUUGAUAGUUUAUAAACAAUGGCAUUAUUUGCAUAGCGGGACUGAAUUGUCAGGCUGGCUACGCCACUAAACAUAAUAUAUUGAUUUGUAAUUGUUGUUCACAGUUCGUUUAUCAUCUUGUUAUUGUUCGAAUUACUGUAUCUUAUUUUGUUUCUAUUUUUUGCUUUACCACGAAAAAUAGCACCCCCACCUUUUUUCUAAAUAUAUAGGGGGCAUCCUGGAUACUGCUGUUCUUGAUCUGCUUGGACGUGAUGCUCGACAUUGCGAGGAACGAUUACAAGGACUCCUUUUAAAACACAAGUAAGAACAACGAAUGCAUUGUUAAUUAACUGGACCACUGAUUAUAGAAUAACAGCUUAUGCAUAACCUUCGAUCUGCACUUGCACCUAUCACACACUCUUAUACAGACUAUCUUAUGCAGACUAUCUUAUGCAGACUAUCUUAUGCAGACUAUCUUUUGCAGACUAUCUUUUGCAGACUAUCUUAUGCUUAAACUUGUACUUUGUAGUUGUAACACGAUCGCUCUUGGCAAUGGCAAGGGAUGUCGUGAGACUGAAAAUUUCAUAACUCGGAUGAAAAAUGCAGGGAAACUGAGGAGUGAUGUUGUGUACAGGUAGAAUUAAUAAUCUACUGCCAAUGAUAUUUCAGUUCUGAAUUAUAUAUGAGGAAUGGGGAGGCUGGUAGAAGGAGGAGGGAUGGAGGAAGGAUGCUCAAUUACAUGUAGACACACUUGUGACAUGUGCACUGAAUUUAUUCCUUGUUAUUGGAAGGUUUGCUUUUCAAAAUAAUGGUAAAUUACACUUGUUGGAAAUAGUUGUGAUAUCAUAUUAUACAGAUACCUAACAGUGCAGAAUUUGCGCAGCUAAAUCCAUAUCCCAGUUUACUUAGCUUCCUCCUCCAAAAAGCCUCAGACAUGACGUAAAUAAAGAAGCAGCCUGCAGGGUUUAGAAUAACAUUCACUACAUGUCUGUAUAUACAGUAUGUUAUUUUUGUUUAGUAUCGUCAGUGAAGACGGAGCGUCCGUCUAUAGCGUGUCUGAAGAAGCACAGAAGGAACUGCCGAAUUUAGAUGUGAAUCUUCGAAGUGCAGGUAGGAAUUAUUACCUUGUUUUAAUUUCUUGCUGUUACUGUUUGCCAAAUGCUUGAGUAUGGGUUACCUGUCCCCUGCUACUUACCAUAUGUCAAGGAUAAGCUAUUUAGUAAGUUGGUUACCUUCCCUGUGCUCAAAACAUAUAAGUAGUAGAGUUUAGUUGGGGCUUUCCUGUGAUGCGACGAUUUUUCCCUGGAUUCUCCUUGUCUUCUUCAUGUUGAGCGUGUAUUGUAUCAUGAGCCUCUGGCUUAUGUGAAUUCAGCAGUCACAGUCUGUAUUACUAUUUACUACGAGAUAACUUAUACAUGAUAGUAUUUCCACAGUUUCAAUAGCAAGGCGUCUGCAGAAUCCUAUGUUGGAGUUGAUCAAAAUUGAACCAAGACACAUUGGAGUUGGAAUGUACCAGGUACGAUUUUGGUCGCACCGAUGGUCAGACCAUGUCUCGAUUCCUGGAAUGUAAAGUUUUCUUGUCAGAUUGUCGCUUAAAUAAGGGAUAUGUCUUACCACACACCUAUGAAGAACAAUUGUAGAACUGAUAAAGCUACCCAGUAGAAAUAAAGUUUAUUGUAGUAACACUGGAACAAUAAGAGAUAUGAUCUUUACUGGACCUAGCUGUAUCCAGUAUAAUUUUUAUAAUUUAAUUUUAAAAAAUUAUACUGGAUAUCAGUUCUAAAGAGGUCCAGUAUAAGGAUCACAUCUCUUAUUGUAUAAAUAAAGCUAGUUUAGUUUAGUUUCCCUGAACUCGUUAUAUUUCUUUUGUAGCACGAUAUUCCAGAGCAGUUGUUACAACAAGCACUAAAUGGUGUUCUUGAAGACUGUGUGAGUUUAGUGGGAGUGGAUUUGAAUGCAUCUGGCAUUCAUGCACUGAAGUAUGUUAAAUAUUAUACUUGUAGUGUCCAAAAAAUAAAAUCGAAUUACUCAAAUCACUUGAUAAAAAAUUAACUUCUGCAUGUCUCAAACGAGAAUAUAUACAUCACAAUACAACCAAGGUUCCCAGUAGAAGCCGGCACCCAACGAUCUUUGUUGUCUACAGCGUAGAUAAUCAAAAUUGUAAAUUCUUCUUUACCAUAGAAAUGUCGAGGGAAAUGUUUCUAGCUUUUCCUCCUCCUCGAAAUUCUUUUGGGAACCCUGCUUACGACACCUACAAUACUACACGACAGUACCUACCGUAUACUCGUACAGUAAACGUUUCAGCAUUGUUUACUUUUCAGACGAAUCGCAGGUCUUAAUGAACGCAAGGCGAAGGAAAUUAUUGCAUGGCGUGAACGGAAUGGUUCAUUUCGAAGUCGCGAACAGCUGAAAGAAGUUCGUGGCAUCGGGGAGAAGACGUUUGAACAGUGUGCUGGAUUUGUGCGCAUAUUUCAGCACCCUCCACAGAUCAUUACUCUUGAUACGGAUAGUGAAGAGGGGGGAAAGAGCGACAAAGGGAAAUUGUCUGGCAAGAGGAAGGCAGAUGGAAGUGGACCAUCGACCAGUAAGAAGAGAAAACAUACACCAAUACUGAUACUUUUUAAUAAACUGGAUUCAACUUCUAUUCAUCCUGAGUCCUAUGCAACUGCUACAGAGUGAGUGGAGUUUCGAUCUUUUAGGAGCUGCUCGUAUGAGCCAGACCAGUCCAGCUGGAAUGCUCCAUUGUCUUUUCACUGUUUUGAAAACCCCACUGUACUCGUGCAAUGCCAUCCAGUCAUGAUCCAGUCAUCAGAAUGUUCCAUUGUCUUUUCAUUGUUUUGAAAAUCUCGCUGUUCUCCAUGCCAUUUUUAGACUUGUCAGCCUCAUUAAAGCAAGCUUGACGGACGUCGGUCAAGCUCGAAUUAAAGAAAAAAUGGAUAAUUUUAUUUCUAACAAAGGUACUUACACUGUAGGUUGAAUCAUGU